AUGGCCACCGCCACCGUCGCCCGACCGGCGCAGCCCUCUCGACGCACUCGCGACGUUCCCCGACCAGCAGCAAGCAAGCGGAUUGCGAACAUGGACGGCACCCCGGCACAACCCAACACCAAGAAGCGCAGGCUGGACGAGCCGUACGUGCGCGACUCGGACUACAUCCUCAAGAAGCACAACGGCAAGGCGCCGAGUCUGGUUGUCCACCUGCACCCGACGCACUUCAAGUUCGAAGGGCAGGAUGGCAGCUUCGCCUACGACUCGGAGAUGAAGUUCGUGCUGGAGCACCUCAAGCGCAAUAUCGUGCCUCACCAGAUGAUGCUCGAGUUGGUGGAAAAUAAUAUCCGGUUCUACGAUGGGUGUUUGAUUGUGGAGGUGCAUAAUCAUCGGACGAAAGAGGGAAAGGACAAGGGCAGGAAUGACACUACGGCGGCGGGCAGCAAGGACAAGUUCAACAUGCAUCGCUACACUCCAUACAUCACUCCCUCGCCGUACGAACCCUACCCGGAGAAUGCGGCUCGAGGAGACGAGACACCGGAGAAGGCAGAGCGCGACAAGAGCGAGAUGCCUGCGCCAGAGAAGCCGAAGGAGAAGGAGGGUCCGACUGUAUUCACCGUCGUCUUACAUCCUACAGAGCUCAGUAAGCAUCACGAGCUGCUCUUACUCAGCGAGACGCCUCUGGAGCAAGUGCGCAACAAGAAACGCAACAGUGAAUCCGGCACCCCAUCGACCACUCAACCUCCAACCCCGCAGAUGGCAGUACCUCCGACUCCAACUGGCGCACGAGGACAGUCAGGUCAGAACCAAAAGAUGUGUCUGGAAGACGGCGAGAUCUACUCUUUCCAGGCGGACAUGCUGGUAGCUACUGAGCCGCCACUGUAUUUAGGACCUGCGGACAACCCACAAGAAGCGCAAAAGAUCCUGGAUCUCCUUCGACACCCUCUCCAUCAAGAGGCUCCGCCAUCACCCAAGACUCGCAAGAGAACAACUGCUGAGGUUGCUGCCGAUGACGCUCAGCAACAAGAGACUGAGAGGAGGAUGCUCAUUAUGGAUGAGCGCAUCAAGCCCUCGGGUGUCGGCACUGCCACAAGUGAGAAUCAAGGCGCCGCGGCAUCUCUCACGUUCUCACGCUUCAAGACGAUUGACAUGGUGCGGCAGGCAAACGAAGAGAGGGACCGUAUCAAGAAGGAGGAAGAAGUUCGCGCGGCCGCUGAGAAGCGGCAGGCCGACGAGCAGGUGCAGAUACAGCAGAGAGCGGCACAUGCCCAGCGGCAGCGCGAGAUGGCUAUGAUGGCGCAGCAGCAGCCUAAUCAGCAACAGCAGUUGCUUCUGCGACAGCGCCAAGAACAGCAGAGACUCGCCUUGAUGCAACAGCGGGCAGCGAUGAACUCGCAACAGCACGGGCAUCCGCAGCAGAAUGGCAUGAUGCAGAAUCAGCAGUCUAACAAUCAGCAAGGCAAUCAGGGACAAGUGCCGCAGGGUAGCCCGGUGAUGCGACAACAGACGCCUAUGAUGAACUCCUCGCCCAUGUUGCAGCAAGGAGGCUUUCCUAUGGCUCAGACAUCGAGUCAGGGUGCUGGGAGCCCUCCACGGCCCACUUCAGCUGCAAUGCAGCAUCCGAUGGCUCGACAGGUCAGCCAGCAACAGCAGGGCAGCCGACAUGCUACACCUCAGAUGCAGCAGGGCACUCCGAAUAUGGCGCAAGCUAUGCCCAACAGACAAACCACGCAAACACCUCGAAUGCCCCCUGGUAGCCCUGCGACUGCCAUGCAGCAGGGCACACCUGCUUCCGGCGCCAUGGCUAUGCCCACGCCUCAGAUUGGUGGACAAAACGGCCUCACGCAGGAGCAGAUAGCCAUUUUCCAGCAACAGAGGGCCAUGCAAAUGCAAAGAGCCACUAGCAUGCAAGCCGGUUCGCCUGGGCAGAACAUGACGCCAGAGCAAUUCCAGCAGAUUCAAAACCAGCAACGCGUGCAGAACGCGCAGCGGAAUGCUAUGAUGAGUGCUCAAGCCCAGGCUCAGAUGAACGGCCAAAACCCGCAGAUGGCGAUGCAAAUGGCGCGGCAGAAGCAGAUGAGAAUGCAAUUGGCCGCUCAACAACACCAGCAGCAACAAGCCCUUGCGCAAAUGCAAGGUUCACCCGCCCCAGGGCAAGCAGGAAGUCCAGGGCAAAUGCCCCAGCAAACCCCCCAAAUGGGCCACGCGCACCCGCAACACCACCCGGGCCAGCAGCAAAGCAACAUGCAAGAUCUCAGCCAAAUGACCCCGCAGCAACAACAGCAGCACGCCAUGGCCCAAGCGCGCGCGCACCAACUCGCUCAACAGCGCCAGGAACACCAACAGCAACAACAACAACAGCAACAGAACCCCAACGCCAACAAUCCGCAAGCGCAAGCGUCCCAACAAGCCCAGCAACAACAACACUACCGCAACCAAAUCGCCGCCCACCUCAAACCCCUCGUGGCGCAAUACGGCAGCGCCGCCAACAUUCCCCGCGAAGCGCUGCAGCAGCAGCCCCCGCAGGUAAGGAAUUUUGUGAUGCAGCAGCAGAUGCAGCAGCAGCAGAUGCGGGCUCAGGCGCAUAUGCAGCAGCAACAGCAGAACGGCAACGGUGGUGGUGGUGGAGGAGGUGGAGGUGGGAAUACAGGGGUCGAGCAGGUUCCGGGCGGGCAGCCGGAUCCGGGAUAUAUGCAGCAGUUGCAGAUGAGAAGGAAUCAGUUGUUGCAGAUGGGGCAGAUGCAGGGGCAGCAGGGGCAACAGCAGCAGGGGGGAAUGCACAAUGGGAUGGGGUUUCAGAUGGGCGGCGGGCAGGGACAGGGGCAGGGGUUUGGUGGACAGCAGGGGAACCCAGACCUCACCCAACAAUUCGCCGCGAUGCAAAACGCGCUCUCCCGAAACGGUCCCGGCAACGGCGGCGGAGGAGGCAACGGAGGGGGCGGGCCGUAG